GUGCACAGCUCCCAGACGAACGGCUCGUCCCUGAUGGAGGGCGACUCCGUCAUCGGUCUCGUGGUAGAGGAUUCCAAGAACCCUGGCAAGUGGCAGGCGGUGCAGGUAGAAAGGCUGGACGGGGACUUUGCGGCCGCCAUAGCGCAGCGAGCCAGCGGGACGAUCCUUCAAGGACCCGACGGGCGCAUCGAUGGCGUCGUGACAUCGUGGUCCGAGAGAGGGUACGGGUUUAUCCGCAGCGCUUCGCGCGCGCACGCUUUCCCGGGCUGCUCGUAA